AUAAAUAAUAUAAAUUCAAAAUUCAUAAUUAUAUUAAAAAUCCAGACCAAUUUUCUGUAUUAAAUUGUUGCUCUUGAACAACUGUCCCAAUUAUAAGGAGCUUGUGAUAUAACCUCAAAAAUCUUGACACUUAUCUGUGAAAUUUUUCGUAACGUUUGUAGCUUCUUCUUCGUUUUGAAAACGUUUUUGUUGUUGUCCCUUUAUUAUUAUUAUUUUUAUGAUUAUUUAUUUAUCAUUGUGCUCGCGGCGCGUUGUUAUCAAAUCAAAAGCCGCAAAAAGCGAAUACCUGACUUUUUUUUCUUUUUAAAACAAAAACAAACAAAACGCAAGACUAUAUAAUACCCCUCCGUAUAUAUCUACAACAAUAAUAAAUAGCGUUAAAAUGCAAAAAAAAUAUGAGGGGAAAAAGUAAAAAGUAAACCCAACGACGCAGUCGCAGUCGCAGUCUUGAGUUUUCUACCUUUGCGCUAAGAUCGUCGAGAUCUUGGCCAAGUCAGUUAGUUAGUUGCUGGCGGGAAAAGUAGGUAAAUGGCCAAGAGCAAAAGAAGUGCACGCAAUUUCUUAUAAAUAGAUACUGGACUGGAGACUCUGCCACGUGAUCGUAAUCGUAAUCGGCCGGAGUUUGCGAGGUGCCCGGGGCCAAUCAACUUCGGCUCAAUUAAUGAGCGCCGCGUACGCAAAAAAUGUUUAUAAAAAUAUCGAAAAAGUGAUUGAUAAUCGCUGUAAAAAUACUUAAGUGCAAAGCAAAAAGUUCUCAGCUCGGUUAAUUAUUUAUUCAAAGCUGACGCCGUGAAGUUUAUGUUACUUAAGCGCAAGACAACAAUUCAUAGUUGAAGAGACAAUAAUUAUUAAAAACUAUUAAUAUAAGCGACUUUGAUGUCCGCCCAUGUGAAUAAAGCAUUUGUCAUGUUUUUUCGCAUUGAAGUACACACAAUUGCCGAUGGCCAGUGUUAGACAACGUGCCAGAGCAUCUUGAUGUAAAACGUUUGAUCACGCCCCGACAACAUUAACAAAAGCCAGGAAACUUCUUUGCAUUAAUCAGUUAUGUUUAAUCUUCAAACGACUCAGAAGUAAACAAGUAAACAAAUACAUUCGUGAUUGAUAGUGAUUAAAAAUAACUCUGAAAGCACACACCGAGCUUGUUUUAUCACCUGAUAAGCAGUGUUGCAAGCGUCUGGCGCGUCCCUACAUCUGCCUCAUGGAGCUGCCAAUGUAUCGUGGCAACAACAAUCUGUUCCUGGGCCUGACCAGCGUGCUGGGCUUGAUUGGAGGCGCCUAUCUGCUGCAAUGUGGCGCCCAACAUUUGCUCAGCAAAAUAGCUGUUAAGAAGAAGAAGGCGAAUGCCAGCUCGGAGCAGCACAGCUGCAAUGUCUGCUGUGCGGACCUGGAUCUGAGCAGUGCCAAAAACUAUGUCACAUGUUGCACGUGCGGCAAGCACGUCUGCCGUGGCAUCAAGUGCGCCGAUUGGCUGCCAAAGGCGGCGCAAUGGGUAUGCGAACUGUGCCACAGCUCGAAGCAAUCGCUGGAGCAGACCUCCUCCUGGGUGGCCGAACAGAUGUCCUUCAAUCAGCAAAAGUUCGUUUAUCCUUUGCGCGCACGCAGCGAAAUUUAUAUUCCCAUCAGUGCAGAAAUGGCCGACAGCUCGAUGCACUUCGAGAGCGUCAGCCAAGUCGGCGCCAACAGCGUGACCCUCAUGAAUAUGGACGAGCGCAGCCGCAUUCGUGAAUAUGUCGAGGAAAUCGUAGCGGAAAUGCUCGGCGGCAAUCUCGAUCACAUCAAAGUCGGUCAAUUGUCCAAAAGCGAGAACUACCUGCAGCUGUUUGAUAAAUAUCAUGCGAAACUGAGCAACCUGCUUAUCAAUGUGGAGAACACUUUGUGCGCUCGCGCGUUCAAGGGAGAUUUGCCAGCCAUUGUCAAUGGCAACAACAACAACAACAACAGCAACAGCAACAAUAACAACAGCAUCAACAAUGAACAGUUGGCGGACAUAUCGCAGACGCGUCUGCGCAGUCUCAUUGAGACAAUCAUCGCCGAGACGCUGCGCAGCGGCAGCAACAGCCUCCUCCUCAAUCCCCCCAGCGGCGCCGUCUCCGAGAUUAGCCUGGACACGCGCUCCAAUGGGCAGCUGCCGGGCUUCAGCAAUGGCGGCAGCAACAGCAAGCGACGCCAUCGCACCGAGCACUAUUUUGAGCCCAAAAUCUAUCAGGAUCUGUUGGCCACAGCGGUGCUCAAUAAGAUUGCGGACAAGGAGGGCAAUAACAGGCUCAUUUCGGAGAGUACCCCGGACUUGAGUGCUCACAACAUUGAUGAGAAUUACAAUGCCGAAGCGUUGAGCACUACGUCCGGAAGUUCAAUAGAGCCGCGCAGCGAUUGCAGCCUGACGGACCAUGAACUGGUACACAAUACUGGCAAAGCCGAAGCACAUGCUGGCUCACAGCUGGACGUGGAACGUGAGUCGGUCUUGAGCGACUAUAUAGCCGCUCACAUGGUGCCGCUGCCGGAUUUCUCAGCAUCCGUUACCGAAUCGGAGGAUGAUGUUGUCUCGAUGUCAUCGAGCCUGGUCGGUGAUGGCACCUGGGAGGACAAUUGGCUGUUCAAGAAGAAGCGCAGCACCUUGCAGAGUUCGGCCACACCGAGCAGCAUAGGCAUGCUGGUGCCCGCGCCCAAGGAGAAUGUACGCGCUCAGAUUGGCGAUCGGACCGCCGACGAGGUUAGCGAUCUGUCGGAAAUGGGCUCCGACGCAGAGGAGUCAUCCCUGGAUUUGCUGCGCUGCAAUGAGCUAAAUGAUCGGCUCUUAAGCAAACACCUAAUUGGUGGACAGAAUACCAAACUAGUGCUGGACGAGCUGGUGGAUCGCACAAGCUUGACCUCAAAUACUUUGCCAGCGGAGCACGAACCCGCUUUUACCGAGACCACAAAUCCGCUCGUCCAACAGCCCACGGUGGCCACAGUGCCACAGCCAGAAGAACAGAAAACGUCGUCUACUUUGAUGGCGCCGCCGCCACCCAUGAUCUUUCAAGAUGAUGAAAUUACUGAGGAUCCCGCUCAGACACUGAUCGCAGCAGCCCAAUGUGAUUCAGAUGAACUCUGCGAUCUCGAGGGCUUAACAGGCUUCGGUGACGUUGAAUAUCUAGAUGACAGCAAGCUACAUGAAAACAUACCUUCGGUUAUUGAAAUACUAGCAGCCAUUGCACUGGGACCCAUGCUCGCGGUUCCAGCAUCUGAACAACCUGCUGUCAUGACUGCCACAGAAAUUCAUACACUCAAGGAACUAAGUGAUUUGGCUCUGGCUGAAAUCAACGCUCGCACAAUGGAGCUAGCUCAACACUCUCUGGACAUUAUUGAGGAAGAGUUUACGGAAGCACAAUCCGCUGACCAAGUCGAUAAAUCUCAAACUGCUGUAGAAGAACACAAGCACAUGUCACCUGUUAAUGCGAGUGAGAUUCCAUCUACCACUACCGAAGAAAUUUCUCAACCAAAGGAGGGAAAUGUGGAAGUUGUAGGACAAACGGAACUCUCUCCUAAUGAACACCCUAUAUCUGGAGAAACACCAACUGCAGCACCAUUAAUAAAUGAGAUUGCUAGUGCUGGGCUUAAUUCAGAAACAAAACUUGUUCCUCAGGAAGAUCUGGCACAAUUAGUUACUCAAGCAGAAGUUAUUGUAGAGCCCCAGACUGCUGCACCAGCUCCAACUAUAACACAAGCUACUGAGGAAGUUACCCUAACUGCCGCAGCCACAGAACCACCAACGCAGCAACUUGAAGUAUCAAGUCCUCUAGCAGCAGGAACUGUAGCUUCCGAAGAAGCUCCAGUGCCGACAGCUGAGAUAGCAACUCUAGAUGCUCACGAAGAAGAUACUACGUUAACAGGAGAAACUGCUGCUCCUGUAGAAAUUCCAGAGCCAGUAAUUGAGCUAUUCAGUCCUACGGAAAAACCUACAACCUCAGAAGCGCCAGAAGAUGUGAUAGUUACUCUUGAUGAAAUAUCUGCUGCUUCCGGGAAUAUUACAGAGCCAGCAGCUGAAAUAGUUACUCCAGCAGAAGGAACUAUUGCUCCUGAGGUCGAUCCUGCAUCAGCAGAAGAACAUGCUGCUCAGCCGACUGCAUCUGAGAUAGUUUCUCCAGCAGAAGUAACUGCUACUUCUGAGGAACCAUCAUGGCCAGCAGCUGAGAUAGUUAUUCUAGAUACUCCCGAAGAAGUUCCUACGUUAACAGGAGAAACUGCUGCUCCUGUAGAAAUUUCAGAGCCAGUAAUUGAGCUAUUUACUCCUGCAGAAAAACCUGUUACGUCUGAACCGCCAGCAGAUGUAACAGCUUCUUCCACAGAAGAAUCUUCUAUUCCCGAGAAAGUUCCUACACCAGCAGUUAAGAAAGUUGCUCCGUCUGAAGUAACUGCCGCUCCCGACGAAGUUCCACUGCCAACAGUUGAGAUAGUUUCUCCAGCAACAGUAACUGCUCCCGAAGUGUUUCCAGCGCCAGCAGCAGAGAUAGUUAUUGCCGCAGAAGGAACUGCUGCUCCCGGGGAAGUUCCUGCACCAACAGAUGAGAUAGUUAAUGUAGUAGAACAAACUGCUGCUUCCGAGGAAUCUCCAGUGCCAGCAGUUGAGAUAGUUACUCCGGCAGAAGUAACUGCUUCUGAGGAAGUUACAGUGCCAGCAGUUAAGAUAGUUACUCCGGCAGAAGUAACUGCAUCUCAGGAAGUUACAGUGCCAGCAGCUGAGAUAGUUACGCUGGCAGAAGUAACUGCUGCUCCCGAGGAGUCUCCAACGGCAGCAGUUGAGAAAGUUACUCCAGCAGAAGUGACUGCUGCUCCCGAGGAAGUUCCAGUGCCCGCAAGUGAGAUAGUGACUCCGGCAGAAGUAACUGCUUCUGAGGAAGUUCCAGCGCCAGCAGUUGAGAUAGUGACUCCGGCAGAAGUAACUGCAUCUCAGGAAGUUACAGUGCCAGCAGCUGAGAUAGUUACGCCGGCAGAAGUAACUGCUCCUGACGAACCUCCAGCGCCAGCACUUAAGAUACUUACUCCUUCAAAAGUAACUCCUUCCGAGGAAGUUCCAGUGCCAGCAGUUGAGAUAGUGACUCCGGCAGAAGUAACUGCAUCUCAGGAAGUUACAGUGCCAGCAGAUGAGAUAGUUACGCCGGCAGAAGUAACUGCUGCUCCCGAGGAGUCUCCAACGCCAGCAGUUGAGAUAGUUACUCCAGCAGAAGUGACUGCUGCUCCCGAGGAAGUUCCAGUGCCAGCAGCUGAGAUAGUUACUCCUUCAGAAGUGACUCCUUCCGAGGAAGUUCCAGUGCCAGCAGUUGAAAUAGUUACUCCGGCAGAAGUAACUGCUUCUGAGGAAGUUACAGUGCCAGCAGCUGAGAUAGUUACGCCGGCAGAAGUAACUGCUGCUCCCGAGGAGUCUCCAACGGCAGCAGUUGAGAAAGUUACUCCAGCGGAAGUGACUGCUGCUCCCGAGGAAGUUCCAGUGCCCGCAAGUGAGAUAGUGACUCCGGCAGAAGUAACUGCUUCUGAGGAAGUUCCAGCGCCAGCAGUUGAGAUAGUGACUCCGGCAGAAGUAACUGCAUCUCAGGAAGUUACAGUGCCAGCAGCUGAGAUAGUUACGCCGGCAGAAGUAACUGCUGCUCCCGAGGAAGUUCCAGUGCCAGCAGCUGAGAUAGUUACGCCGGCAGAAGUAACUGCUCCUGACGAACCUCCAGCGCCAGCACUUAAGAUACUUACUCCUUCAAAAGUAACUCCUUCCGAGGAAGUUCCAGUGCCAGCAGUUGAGAUAGUGACUCCGGCAGAAGUAACUGCAUCUCAGGAAGUUACAGUGCCAGCAGAUGAGAUAGUUACGCCGGCAGAAGUAACUGCUGCUCCCGAGGAGUCUCCAACGGCAGCAGUUGAGAAAGUUACUCCAGCAGAAGUGACUGCUGCUCCCGAGGAAGUUCCAGAGCCAGCGGCUGAGAUAGUUACUCCAGCAGAAGUAACUGCUUCUGAGGACGUUCCAGAGCCAGCACUUGAGAUAGUGACUCCGGCAGAAGUAACUGCUGCUCCCGAGGAAGUUCCAGUGCCCGCAAGUGAGAUAGUUACGCCGGCAGAAGUAACUGCUGCUCCCGAGGAGUCUCCAACGGCAGCAGUUGAGAAAGUUACUCCAGCAGAAGUGACUGCUGCUCCCGAGGAAGUUCCAGUGCCCGCAAGUGAGAUAGUUACUCCGGCAGAAGUAACUGCUUCUGAGGAAGUUCCAGCGCCAGCAGUUGAGAUAGUGACUCCGGCAGAAGUAACUGCUGCUCCCGAGGAAAUUCCAGUGUCCGCAAGUGAGAUAGUUACUCCGGCAGAAGUAACUGCUGCUCCCGAGGAGUCUCUAGCGCCAGCAGUUGAGAUAGUUACUCCGACAGAAGUGACUCUUUCCGAGGAAGUGCCAGUGCCGGCAGUUGAGAUAGUGACUCCGGCAGAAGUAACUGCAUCUCAGAAAGUUUUAGUGCCAGCAGCAGAGAUAGUUACUCCGGCAGAAGGAAAUGUUGCUCCCGAGGAAGUUCCAGUCCCAGCAGAAGUACCUGUUUCCGAGGAAUCUCAAGCGCCAGCAGUUGAGAUAGUUACUCCGGCAGAAGUAACUGCUGCUCCCGAGGAAGUUCCAGAGCCAGCAAUUGGGAUAGUUACUCCGGAAGAAGUAACUGCUUCCGAGGAAGUUCCAGUGCCAGCAGCUGAGAUAGUUACUCCGGAAGAAGUAGCUGCUUCUCAGGAAAGUCCAGCGCCAGCAGUUGAGAUAGUUACUUCAGCAGAAGGAAAUGUUGCUGCCGAGGUCGAUCCUGCACCAACAGAAGAACCUGCUGCUCAUGCGACCGCAUCUGAGAUAGUUAUUUUAGCAGAAGUUAAUGCUGCUUCCGAGGAAUCUUCAACGCCAGCAGCUGCAAUUGGUACUUUUACUAGAGUAACUAUUGCUCAUGAGGCAGCUCCAGUAACAGAAGAUAAAGUUAUUGCUGCUGCUGGAGCAGUUACUACAGCUUCCGAGGAAAUUCCAAAUUCGGCAGUUGAGGAGGUUGCUGGUUCUGAAGUUACAUCGCUUUCACAGGCUGCUCGCGAGGACGGUCGAGUCCCAGCAAUUAACGAGGUUGCUAGGGCUGAAGAUUCACUGGAGCCACAAGUUGAACCCAAAGAGGCUGCUGUCGAGGAAGCUUCAGCAGCAGUCCCUCAAGCUGUUUUAGAGGACGCUCCAGCGCCAAUCAUUAAGAUGGAAGCUUCACUUAUAACGAUUGAAGAGGGUAUUUCUACUGAGCCACAAGUUGUUACCAAUGAAGCACACGAUACACCUGAAGAAGGUCCAGUGCCAAUUGAGGAUGUAGCUAGUACUGAGCCAAAAACAGCACACGAGGAAGUGGCAGCUCGACCAAUUGAGAAUGUUGCUUCUACUGAGAUUACACCAGGGCCACAAAUAAAUUUCGAGAAGAUUUCAGCAUCAGCAAUUAAUGAAGUUACUAGUACUGAUCCUCAGACUACUAUCGAAGAAGCUUCAGCACCAGCAACUGAGGAAGUUGGAAGUGCUGAGAUUACACUAGAGCUCCAAGUUGAUUCAGGGAAGGCUCCGACGCCAGAAAUUGAGAAGGUUGCUAGUACUGAGUCAAAAACAGCUGCCGAGGAAGACCCAGCGCAAUCAAUUGAGGGGGUGGGAAGUACUGAGAUAACACAAGGGCUACAAGUUGAUCCAGGGGAGGCUCCAGCACCAGCAAUUGAGGAGGUUGCUAGUACUGAACCACAACCUGAUCCCGAGGAAGGUCCAGGUGUUGAGGAGAUUCCUAGUUCUGAGUUAGCACCACACGAUACACCUGAUGAAGCUCCAACGCCAGCAUCUGAUGAUGUUGCCCUUACUGAGAUGAUUCUCGACAAGCCUGCAGCACCAGCAACUGAGGAAGUUGUUAAUACUGACCCACAACCUGCUCCCGAGGAAGAUCCAGCACCAACAAUUGAGGAGGUUGGAAGUGCUGAAAUAACACAAGGUCCCCAAGUUAAACCCGAGCAGGCUCUAGCACCAGCAAUUAAAGAGGUUGUUAUUACCGAUCCUCAAACAACUCUCGAGGAGGCUUCAGCACCAACAACUGAGGAGGUUGUUAGUUCUGAGCCACAAGCUGCUUCCGAGAAAGAUUCAGCAGUUGAUGAAAAUCCAACUGCUGAGAUUGCAACAGAGCGACUGGCUACAUCGCAGGAAGUCCCGUUGUCUGAAGUCAAGGAGCUUGCUUCAACACCAGCAAUUGAGAAGCUUCCUAGUACUGAAAUAAUUCUCGAUGAGGCUCCAGCCCCAGUAGCUAAGGAGGUUGCUAGUGCGGAGCCUCAGACUGCCCUCAAAGAAGAUUCAACACCAACAGUUGAGGAGGUUACUGGUGCUGAGAUUGCAACAGAGCAACAGGCUAUUCUCCACGAGGCUCCAGCGCCAGAAGGUUACGAGGUUGAUUAUACUCAGGCACAGGUUACUUCCGAUCAAGACCCAGCAAUAGUAAUUGAGGAGGUUGCUAGAGCUGAAGUUACAUCAGAAUUACAGCAGACGGCUGUUCCGAGAAUAGUUGAGGCGGUUUCUAGUGUUGAGCCCCAGGCUGCUCUCGAGGAUGCUUCAAUAUCAGCAAUUGAGGAGGUUGCUAGUACUGAGACUAUUCAAGAGCCACAAGUUGUUCCCGGGGAAGCUCAAGAACCAGCAAUCAAGGAAGUUUCUCUAGUAGGAAAUAAAUCUGAGUUACCGGAUGCUCCCGUGGAGGAUGUACCAGGAAUUGAGAAGGUUGCCAAUGCUGAAAUUAUUAUACCACAGCAGGAGGUGGAGACUCCAGCACUUGGAAAUGUUCCUCCAGCAGGAGUUAGUACAAAGCCGCAGGCUGAUCUUAUGGAAGGCGGUUUCGAGGAGGUUUCCGCUGUGCCACAAGUCGCUAGCGAAGAAGCAGCAGCAACAAUUGCAACAGAUAUAUUAAUAUUAGAGGCCGGUGAUGAAACUCAAGCCGAUCUGUUGACAAGUGAAUCUGUGAAGAGCGAUAAUUGCGCUCUAGGCUCAAUUGCGGAACGCGAGGUCAGAAAGUGGUCGAAUGCCGUUGAAAUGCCCAACAAUCCGUAUGCGCCGGAGGCGCUGAAGCAGCGCAUCAGCGGCACACAGGAACGCUUCAUGGAUGUGCCCAACAUAAGUGCCUGUGCCGAGCAGAAGGCGCUGGCUAUGAUGAGGGGCUCGGAUGAGGAGCCCGCCAGCCGUGUCGAGGAUUACAAGCGCUACAGUCGCGACUACUACAUCAACAAUGCGCCACAGGUGACCACGCCCACUAGCGCAAGGGCGGCUUCAGUGGCGUGCAGCAGCACGGAGGAGCCAGCGUCGGCGCAGACGGAUGAGGACAUUGUCAUCAAUGAGGCGCAAAAAGCAAGCAAAACUGCAGCGGAACAAGCGCAGCUGGUCGAGAUUCCGGAUGACAAGUGUAUUUACACAGCCUUGCCAGCUCAGGUGCUGGAAGCUGGAUGCAACGCCAGUCUGGAGACCCAAUCGAAUCAAUCCCUGCAAACGACCAGCGAUGACUCGGACACUGUGCGCGUUUAUGAUUUUAAUAAGCAGGAGACGACCGUCAUCAAGGCGCAGGAGCAGCAGCCCAGCACGUCUAGCACGUCAUCUAUGGAGUCUGCACUGAGUGCACCCUCCUCCUCCUCCUCCAUAGAUGCGUCGCGCAAACGUGAACGGCCCGUCGUGCUGCAAUUUGGGCCCGCCGACGCGACGCCCAACGUCUGCGCAUCGCCCACAAUGACACCAACACGCGGCUCCACGCCGCCAGCUUUCAGAUUUCUGCAGCCCAAGCGACGUCUAAUCGAGCCAAGCCAAGUAUUGUCCAUAGACGAUGAUGAUGAAAUGCCUGAGCCAGCAGCCACGCCCACAGAGAAACCAGCCGUUGAGGAUGACGUGGUGCACGCCCUGCCCUCGGUGAAGGCGCUGGCUCAAGCCUUUCUGCUGACCAGCAAACGCACCCAACCCGAACGACGCUGGCGUGCCAAGACUCUGCAAAAUGCCAAGUUGAGGGCAUCACCCGAUGCUUCAGAGCAGCCCACCUCGCCACAAUCACGUAAGCAUAUGCUGCAGCGUGCCGUCUCCAUAGCCGAGGUGGCCGAUGAAUCCACAAUUGCCUCCGAUCUAUCAUCGCUGGAAACAGAUCCCUCUAUGCAAUCCGAAGAAAAUGCAAUGAAUAUACCCAUCGCCUCGCCGGCGAGCCCUGUGCCCGUGCGCAGAGGCUUCCUUAGGAGCAAUAUUGCUUACUUUGAAAACUUAAAGUUCAAGUGAAUAUAAAUGCAACUAAGUUACAGUUGGCUGUGCGGCCAUUGGCUGAUAUUCCACAAUGGGGAAUAUGCACAAUAAUGGUGCACAGCAGCAUCCUGGAUACCAAAUCAAGACCAAAUAAUCAUGUGCCAUGGCCUCCAUCUAAACGACAGACAUAGUACACAUUCAAUCAAAAGUAUUCUUCAAAGUACUUAACCCAAAAGUUACGCCCAGUGUGCGCGAAUAAUUGUUUUUAGUUUAUAUUUAUUAUAAUUAAAUAAUUAUAUCCAUGGAUACUAUUUAUUUAAUCUCUUAAAUAUUUUAUUUAGCGCUAAGAUAUGUAUUUAGCUUUAAGCCCCGCGAAAAACCCUUUUAACUAUCAUAAUGACCCGUACAUCGAUCGAUAUACAUAUAUAUAUAUAUAUAUAUAUAUAUAUGUAUCGAUAAAUAUGUUCUUUCACUGUUAUAAAUAGUUUUAAUUUAUAUGAAUAAAAACUUAUGAUCAGUUAUACUAA